UGUUUAGCCCUGAUGAGGAAUCACCGAUGUGUCACAGUUUACAAGUGGAAUCGGUCCUGGUCUUCUUCGGCAGUACCAGGUGUGCUCGGUUAGCAGCCGGCUCGCACACACACACAUCAAAAAUGAGGCAUAUGAAGUAGAAUCACUAAGCCUCCGAGUGGGUGCUUGUGGCUAGUUUGCUAGCUUGUGUGUGUGUGUAUGCUAGCUUGAUGCGGGCAGGCGCCGAGACCCAGCGGAUGCCUCCUCCAUGCAGCAGCAGCAGCAGCGGCGGCGAGGAGGACCAGAAAUCUGCCGCUCGCCGAGAGAGGAGAUCAAAACGAUGCCGCCUGUAAAAAGGGAUUAAACGUAAGCAAUCUGGCGUCAGCGGCUCUAAAGCCGAGGCUCGUCGUCGCUCUACUUCUCGUUGAAUUUCCAUCGCACGAUCGACGCGAUUUAUCAAGCGUCGCGAAUGACAGACGCACCGCGGCCGCUCUUCUCCGUAGCGUCGCACGACAAUCGCAGGCCUUUAAUGAGCUCUGUUGUUUUUGUGCGUCUCCACCUGCGCGGCUAGCUUGAGCGCAUCAGCCGGCCGCCGGCGGAUAAAACAGCUUUGCCAGCGGGGGCCAGGGGGGGAGACAUGCCGUCGCAGAGCAUCCGUCGCGACGCCUGACUCGCCCACCAUGAUGAAGACAGAACCGACAUCCAAGAGCGCCGGCUCCUCUCUCAGGAGCCCGUCCCCGCACAGGAGCGCCUACGAGGCGGGGAUGCAGGCCCUCAAGCCGGUGGCGGACAACGCCGCCAACGGGGACGUGCAGGACGGCCCCCGGGGCCGCAGGUACGGCUCCAACGUGCACCGCAUCAAGAACAUGUUCCAGCAGCUGCAGACCACCGCGCCGUCGGCGGCUGACGCGGAGGCCGAGGAAGGAGCCAAGGACAGCGACAAAGCCGUGCGUCUGACCCUCCCCAGGGCCGGCAGCCUGAACGAGAACGUGGACCACAGCGCCCUGCUCAAGCUGGGCUCCACGGUGUCCGAGCGCGUCAGCAAAUUCGACACCAAGCCGGAGAACGGGCACCAGCGGGCGUCCUCGCCCAGCUACUCCAAGCUGCAGGAGACGCGCCGCAUCUUCGAGCAGCAGCAGCAGCAGGAGAAGAUGGCCACCACCAGGGUCCUGCUCAAGUCUGACAAGGCCUCGGGUCUGACGGAGGGCCGGCUGGACAUGAUGGCGCGCUUCAACGGCAGCACCGAGUCCCUGGACAGCCUGGACGCCAGCGAGGCGGUGUCGCCCACCGUCAGCCAACUCAGCGCCGUGUUCGAGCGCGCCGCAGAGCUGCGGAACAACCUGAACCGCCUCUCGUCCACGCCGCCGCUGCCCUCCAGGGGGGUCAGCGCCAAGGUGGGCGUGCUCAACUCCAAAGUCAUCACUAAGAGGGCGAGUGCCUUGGCGGCCAACACCCAGGGGGACGACAAACCCAACCAAGAGGGACGACCCAGGAGGGCUGAGGGCGUCAACGGGGGUCAAAAGGCGUCCGGCGCUGAGGUGGACCAGCACCGGGCGAAGACCGUGUCGGACGCCGGCGUGGAGGCCAAAGCCCACCAGCUGGAGGAGGCCGGCAUCGCGGCGUGCCACGCCCGCAUCCGGGCCGAGAACGGAGAAGCCCCCUCAACCGGGGGUCGGGUGCUCGGACAGGAGGGGGCGGAGGAGAGCAGGACUCUGGGAGACGACGGCGGUGACGACGGAGGAAGCCAGGACGACGACGAGGAAGACGACGAUGACCGCUACGAGGCCGAGUCCAGCUGCGUGGAGAUCGCCGGGUUGCCCGCGGAGGAGGACCCGCCCCCUUCCAGGAAGAUCCGCUUCAGCUCGGAGCCCAUCAAGGUGUUCGCCACCUACCCCAACGAGGACUACGACAGGCGCAACGAAGACGUGGACCCCAUGGCGGCGUCGGCCGAGUACGAGCUGGAGAAGAGGGUGGAAAGGCUGGACCUGUUCCCCGUGGAGCUGGAGAAAGAUGAAGAUGGGCUGGGCAUCAGCAUCAUCGGGAUGGGUGCGGGAGCCGACAUGGGCCUGGAGAAGCUGGGCAUCUUCGUCAAGACCGUCACUGAGGGCGGGGCGGCGCAUCGGGACGGCAGGAUCCAAGUCAACGACCUCAUCGUGGAGGUGGACGGCACCAGCUUGGUGGGCGUCACCCAGAGUUUCGCCGCCUCCGUGCUGAGGAACACGUCGGGAACCGUCAAGUUCUUCAUCGGGCGCGAGAAGCCGGGCGAGCAGAGCGAGGUGGCCCAGCUCAUCCAGCAGACGCUGGAGCAGGAACGCUGGCAGCGGGAGAUGCUGGAGCAGCGCUACAACCAGUACAUGGAGGAGCAGGAGGGCGGGGAGUACGGCACAGACGAGGAGGAAGAUGAGGAUGAAGACAGCCCGCAGUACACCGGCGCCAUCGAAGUGUUCGACCUGGCGGAGAACGAGGACCUGUCGCCGCUGGAGACGGACCCCGAGAAACUGGCGCAUAAGUACAAAGAGCUCCAAAUCAAACACGCCGUGACGCAGGCCGAGAUCCAGCAGCUGAAGAGGAAGCUGCACCACGCCGAGCAGGACAAGCAGCGCUGGCGCGCGGACAAGGUCCAGCUGGAGCAGACCCUGCAGGAGAACAAGGAGCGCAUGGAGAAGCUGGAGGGCUACUGGAUGGAGGCUCAGAGUCUGUGCCAGGCCGUGGACGAGCACCUGAAGGAGACCCAGGCCCAGUACCAGGCGCUGGAGCGCAAGUACAGCAAAGCCAAGCGGCUCAUCAAGGACUACCAGCAGAAGGAGAUUGAGUACCUGAAGAGGGAGACGCAACGAUGUGCACAAGUUGGAGCCGAGGCGUCGCUCCUCAAGGAGGAGUCGGGUCAACUGCAGGAACAGGUGGCUGACCUGGAAUGCCAGGUGGAAGAGCUGAAAUCGGAACCUUUAUAAGAGCCUUGAGUCCGUCACGUCCGUGAGGGGGAGGAGCUCCCAGGAGGAAGAAAGGAGAGCACAAGGAGCAGCAGGGUAUCUGGCAGCAUCCUCCACGUGUCCCGCCUCCGUGUUUUAAUCCGUCACUUUUCAGUUUUUCUUACCGAAAGGUGAGGGAACUCUGAACUUUUACAACUUGGAGAGUAUUUAACCCCGAAUUUGUCUUUUUUUUUUUUUUUCAUUUUAAAUUGCCAAAAAAAACCCAAAACCUCCCCUCUUGGAUCUCUUUCUAGUUUUGUGACCUUUUCCAGCUUGUACAGACGUGAUUCAGUGUGGAUUAACAACCAGUUUGCUUUGUAAAAGAGUUUUAAUAUAACAUUUAACGGAACCUAAAGUCUAAUUGGAUUAGAUUGCGGGGUUGUAUAUUUGAUGUGAGAUGUAAACACUGAGGUGCUUGGCUGGGAUGGAUAACCUUCACGUAACCACGGCAACCACCUGCUGCCUACCUUUCAGAAGUGUUUUUGUGUAUUAUUAUUUUUUACACAUAGACUCAUUAUUGAAAAGUCAUCGUGAGACUCUUCAAGACUACUGACUAUGGAGGGACAGGACAGGACUGGACCCGGUCCAGUACCAGCAGAGGACGUUCUAAAAGUCUGGAACCAGCAGCUGCUGCACAGCCCACAGGGGGCGUGGGGGGUGGGGGGGGGAGGAAAAAAAAAACACAAAACACACUGCCUGAAUUGAACGCACAGCCGAGCUCAGUUUCUUCUAUUUCAACGUCAUAGGUGAGCCAAGAAGGACAAAAACAUAUUGUCGUAUUAAAAGAUGAGUCAAUUGAAAAAAAAAACAAAAACAGGCAUGGUUGUGAUAAUAAUAAUAAUAACGAUGAUAAUAACAUAAGGCUUGUACAGUGCACAUGCUUUGCAUUGUAUGUUUUGUGGAUUAAAUGGUCAACAGUGAUGGCAGUCUGCUUGUUUUUAUUGACAUGUCGUAGCCAUGAUGCAAUCGCGUGGACUUAAAGGUGCAGGCACACACAUUAGUAAUGUUUGGUGUCAGCUGGUGAUUUGGCAAAGUUUGGCUGCUAAUGUUAACGUUAGCUAUGACGUGAAGCGCACGACAAUCCCGACAGACCGCUUUUGUGUACAUGCACGGAGCCGAGGGGCGGCAGCACCGUUCAAGUCUCAACUCACUUCUAAAA